CUUGGAGAUGUGUGUAUUAUGGCCCCCUAGGUAAUAUUUUCAAUAGGUUUCAAUAUUUGUGGUUUUUUUAUUUUUCAGAUGCCUAGAAUCAGCUUAACACCUAAACCAGCCAGAAACAGGCAAAUUUGGGACAAGGACAAAAUGAAAGAAGCAGUAACAGCUGUCACUGAAAAGAAAAUGGGUGUCAAAAAGGCUUCUAAACAUUUUGAUGUGCCUAAGACCACUUUAAGAAGAUAUGUUAAAGAGGCAAGUACAUCUGAAGCCACUGAAGUUCACACAAAAAAGCUAGGUAGGAAACCAGCUAUACCUGAAGAACUGGAAAAUGAACUAGUGGAGUACCUGAAGUAUAUGGAGGCAAAAUUUUACGGGUUCACUCGCUUGGAUGUUCGUCGAAUGGCUUACCAACUAGCAAUUAGAAAUGGGAUUCAAACCAACUUUAGAAACGAAAUUGCUGGCAGGGCUUGGUUGGACCAUUUCCUUAGACAACACAAAGACAAGUUGUCAAUCCGAAAGCCAACUGGAACAUCAUAUGCUCGUGCAAAAGGUUUUACUCGUGAAAGAGUUAAUGCCUUUUAUGACUUGCUGGAGUCCGAAUAUUCAAAACACAAAUACCCAGGUGACCGUAUUUGGAAUGUGGAUGAAACGGGCCUGAGUGUAGUUCAGACAAAAAUACCACAAGGUAUUGCCAGUAAAGGUAAACGCCAAAUAUGUUCUCUAACUGCGGCAGAACGUGGAUCUUUGGUCACAGUCAUAUGUUCAAUGAGUGCAGGAGGAUCUUAUGUCCCUCCGAUGUUGAUUUUCCCAAGGAUAAACAUGUCUGAUCUUCUUAUGAAAGGAGCUCCUCCUGGGUCAAUUGGAAGAGCUCACCCGUCUGGGUGGGUUCAAUCA